CGUUAGCCGAUCGCUCCGCGUACCGCAAAGCCGCAAAUGUCUGACAUAUGUGUGGCGAAGUGGGCUGCCGUUUGGUUGCUUCGAUCGCGUAGUAACGCUCGUUCGUGAGCCGAAUUAGGUGCGGUGCAUUCACAGUGGCAUCCAGACACGUCAGCAAAACCUACAGUGCGAGGAUGGAUUGACUGGGACCAUUUCUGAGCACAUCGCUGCCGGCCCGACUGAUCGAGGUGCAUCGGAAACAUGGAUUUCGCGAGGUCUGUUUUCGGAGGUAACUCCACUGAAGGCUACAGUCGAAAAAACACAGAAGUGGAGACACUGUCUGAGGAUGAAGAGGACGUGCGUUGUGGUGGAAGUGACUGCGGGGGUGGAGAUUCGAUCAGCGCCAAUCUGUUUGGCGGUGGCUCGGCCCAGGGCUACAGUCCAGCGCCUGGAGGACCAUUCUCAGCGCUCACUCCGUCCAUGUGGCCUCAGGACCUGCUUGCCUCGCUUGCCCAGCCUGAAGACACUGGCUGCCACCAUGACUGCCGCUUUGACGAGUUUGGAUUCAGGAUAGAGGACGAAGAUGGACCUGAACAGAUGAGCCGCAGUGUGGACAGUGAGGAACCUUUCCAGGAGAACCCCCAGCACAGGCUUAAGUGGAUUGCUUACUUAGAAUUCACCCACAACAAUGAGGUUGGAGACCUUACAUGGGACAAGGUGGAGCCACACCUGCCACACACGCCCAAGCUACGAGGCCUGCUGCGUGACGGUGGCAUCCCGCACUCGCUGCGACCCCAGCUGUGGAUGCACCUGUCGGGGGCAGCCCGCAAGAAGAGGCAGGCUGGCCUCACCUACCGUGAGGUGGUGCGUUCCUCUGCCAAUGACCACCUGCUCACCUCCAAACAGAUCGAGAAGGACCUCCUGCGUACCAUGCCUAGCAACGCAUGCUUCUCACAUGCGACCAGCACUGGCAUUCCUCGCCUGCGACGUGUUCUGCGGGGCCUUGCCUGGCUCUACCCAGACAUUGGAUACUGCCAGGGCACUAGCAUGAUAGCAGCGAGCCUGCUGCUGUUCCUGGAAGAAGAAGACGCCUUCUGGAUGCUCUGCACCAUUGUGGAGGACCUGCUGCCUGCCUCCUACUACUCGAGCACCCUAGCUGGUGUGCAGGCCGACCAGCGUGUGCUGAGGGCCCUGGUCACCGCAUGCCUGCCAGACCUCGACACCCUGCUCAAGGAACAUGACAUUGAGCUGUCGCUGAUCACGCUGCACUGGUUCCUGACGCUCUUUGCGAGCGUGGUGCCCAUGCGGGUGCUGCUGCGCAUCUGGGACCUGCUCUUCUACGACGGUUCCAUUGUCCUCUUCCAGAUCCUCCUGGGAAUGCUCAGCUCAAAGGAAUCCGAGCUGCGCUCACUCGAGAACUCGGCGCAGAUCUUCAAUGCACUCUCGGACUUGCCAGGCUCUGUGCGCGAUGCGGAGCAGCUGCUGGAGGUUAGCGAGUACGCGUCCCGUGAUGUGACGGAGGCCGCGGUGGAAGCCCUGCGACGCAAGCACCUGGCUUACCUGAUGGCCGACCAGGGGGCACACCUCAACCCUGAGCAUGCAGCAAACCUGCCGAAGCAGCAUCUGACUCGCCGUCAGGUGAAGCGCUCCAAGUCGGUGCUGCAGCUGCUGCUGCAGGGAGAGGCGGGGGACUGCACGAAUCCGUCGGAGGAGGACGUCCGGCACAAGAACGUGCGGCAGACGGAGAUCCUUGUCGACCUCCGCGAGGCCAUCUUGCAAGUGGCGCGGCACUUCCAAGCACUUGACCCGAAGCUGCAGGUGGUCAGUGUCCCCCACGCACUGAACCCGCUGUGUAUCUUCACGCUGAACUCCGACUACUCCAUGGAAAGCCACGCACGCGACCAUGAGAACUUUGCCAAUGUGUCCCGGUCGCGCCAUCGACGUGCAAAGGCCCUGCUCAACUUCGAGCGGCACGACGAUGAUGAGCUGGGGUUCCGCAAGAACGACAUCAUCACGAUCAUCAGUCAAAAGGACGAACACUGCUGGAUCGGAGAGCUGAACGGCCUGCGAGGGUGGUUCCCGGCAAAGUUUGUGGAACUCCUGGAUGAACGCAGCAAGCAGUACUCCAGUGCGGGGGAUGACUCGGUGACAGAAGCCGUCACAGACCUGGUGCGAGGAACGCUGUGUCCUACAUUGAAAGCAGUUCUGGAAUAUGGAAUGAAGCGGUCCAGUCUUCUUGGAGGGACCUGCCACCCGUGGCUGUUCAUCGAGGAGGUUGCCAACAAGGAGGUGGAGAAGGACUUCAACUCCGUCUACUCUCGACUGGUUCUUUGCAAGACCUACAGGUUGGAUGAAGAUGGCAAAGUGCUCACGCCGGAGGAAGUGCUAUACAGGUCAGUUCAGGCCGUGAACAUGUCACAUGACCUGGCACACGCACAGAUGGAUGUCAAGCUGCGCUCCCUGGUCUGCAUUGGCUUGAACGAGCAGGUGUUGCACCUGUGGUUCGAGGUGCUCUGUUCGUGCUUAUCGGUGGUGCACAAGUGGUACCAGCCCUGGUCCUUCAUCAACAGCCCCGGCUGGGUGCAGAUCAAGUGCGAGCUCAGGCUCUUGUCGCAGUUUGCGUUUAACCUGAAUCCCAACUGGGAGCUGCCAACACAGCGGGAGCCCUCACAACCGCUGCGCGAAGGCGUGCGCGACAUGCUUGUCAAGCACCACCUCUUCUCCUGGGACCUCUGACUCUUCAGCACGAGCAUGAUGUCGGCGCUGGUUCAGCGACACCACCGGGAAGCCGCUCCUAUCGGCUGGCAGCAUGUCUCGGCAAAACCGAGCACCACCGGUAGCCCUGCUGGCGUGGUCGUUGUGGGUCCCCCACAACUUCGAGAUGCAUGGCAUGGCAGGUCAGCAUCUGUUGUGUUGCUGACCGUGUAAUGUGUUCUUUUACAUGCCAAAUGGACCCUUUUCCCGACAUGCCAGUGAGCUUCUCCACACCACAUGUUUGCCCAGCUAAUGGCAGCAGCAGUCCUCAUUCAAACAAAGAUCAAGCAUCGUCUGAGCAUGUUGGUGCCUGUCUUUCACGCAUGGUUUUGUCACAAGAGCCCCAUCUGCAUUCUCUACCCCGUAACACGCACAAACUGAGCAUGUACAGUCGCAAGCAAAAGUCCAGAGGCCAUGACAACAGCAAAAAAUUGGAAUUUCUUCUAUUGCAACCUGGAAUUGUCUCGUUGGAGUGCAUUGGUCGAACGGGCACAGAUAGGCUGUAGCACUUAAUUUCAGCCUGCAUGCCUAGGCUGCGACGAAAAACAAAAAAAAUUUUUCGUGCCAUCUGGUGGUCCUCAGACUUUUGCUCGUGACUGUACAUGCCUACUGCAAAACUGACUAUGCCGCCGUUAGCUCGGCAAACCACUGCCUUGUGGGAAAGGUAGCUCGGCAGUUAGGAAAAGGGUCUGUUGCAGUCGUCCAUAGCUGUUAGGGUAGUGCACUAGCCAAGUCGCACAGAAAAAAAAAAAAAAGAGCAUUCCAGAAACAAUACAGGAUAAGGCAUCACAGGGCCAUACACGACACAGCGCAGGAGGAAUGGUUGGCAGAAUUAUGCUUCGUCUUGGGCUGCUCUAGCAAAUAAGCCUCCAUGGUUGUGUUGUGUUCUGUCGCAUUCUACAGCAAUGUGCCAACAUACGACGAACCUAGACUGAAAGUCAAGCUGUGUUUAGCGAAUGUGUUUCCAGCCUGAUGCACACUGGCACCCCUUAGCAGUUCAGGUAUGUUUGUUCUAAACGUUGUUUUAACUGCCUGAACUGUGCGAGCGUGCACAAUGUCUGGUGUUGUCCAGCAACUGGUACUGCAAGAUUUUUUAUACAUCAAGAGGCAACCACUGCGUGUUGAAAAAUUUUCCCGGUUUCUGCUAGCGUUCGUGAGGUGCAGGCGUUUCUAACAUUAUGUUUCCAUUACUUCAGGGUCUUUCAAAGAAAGUUGAGCACAGAUUUAAAGAGAACAUUUUUUUAAGGCCAUCGGCUCUCGCAAACCGCAGUCAUGUUAGGUAUGGUUAACAUUGCCAUAUUUCUAGCACACAAGUUAUUGGCCGAAUUGCUCCAUCACUUCGUUUAGGUGAUUACUCAAUGUUUGCAGAAGGAGCCUGUGUUCAUUGUUGAACUGCAGCGCACACAAAAGACGAAAGACAUGGGCAGAGUUAACAAACACACGCUGACUCACAACUCAGUUUAUUUCGGGAAGAGUCUUGUUUUGCUUCAGCAGCGUCCUCUUGUGUCAACUGGAAUUAGUAUUUGGUUUUGCAUUACCAUACAAGUGAAAAAACUCUUUAAUGCUAGUUGUCAGAGGUUCUCUGCCUGACAGUCUCAGCUCAUCCAUUCUUUUAUUAAAGCAGGUUAGGAUUAAACAGACAAGGUGCACUGCAGACAAAAGUCGAGUCCCGCAACAUGCUGAUCAAUCCAUCCCACAAACAAUCACGUGCUUGUUGCGCUAUAGUCACUCUCGCCCGAGAUAGACACGGCUACUGUGAUAAGGCUAAUAGCCUUGAACUGGAAGAUGCCAUCUUCAACUUGUCUGCAAGCCAUGGAGUUUUUUUUGCAGCUGGCAUCUUGCCCGAGGCACUGGCUGGUUGAGCCGUAGUUGUGAUUUCUUUUUGGAGAUUUUACUGAAAGUAUAGUAUCUUAGCACAGCGGUAAGCUCAAUGGCAAAAAAAGUGAUCAACGUGCAAACAAUGCAAAGAAUGUACAGGAUUAUGGGCAAGUGAUCAACAAUGGCCGACUGAGUGAAGCCUCAGCCUGGAGCCAACAUUUCAACAAAGGGACUUCUCUUUGUGUACAAAGACCUGCUGUUUACAGUUAAACUGUUCCAACUCGCCCAAACCACCAUCCUUACAAGUCUGGUUUGCUAAGAAAAAAGAUGCAAAUUUCCCUUCGUCUGCACCUCCUUCCGUGGUUAUAUUGCACAUGGUGCAAUGUAAACAUUGAGUUCCCAGUGAUUAGUGGAAACCAAUCUCGAAGGCCGUGCUUUCUGCAGGUACUGCAGACGCUGGAAGCAACAAGGUAACAUCAUAGCUGCCCUGAUUUAAACGUCAUAUACUGCGAGGAAUGCCAACGAAGGCUAAUUUGCUUUUCUUUUUUCCUUUGAUGAACAAGGCAAGUAACAGCUACAAGCGUUAUAUGGAACUAUCCAGACCAUAAAAUAUGAUCUUGCUGCAAAAUUUGAACAAGAACAGAGGAGCCAUAUGCACGAAAUCAUUUUUUUUUUCUUGAUUAUAUGAAGGUAAAAACGCAGGUCUCUGCACCAGCGCUGUGCACCGACAACAGCAGCUGUAACCAGUUACCAGUCGUAGCAGGUACCAACUGGUGUCAUGACUUAUUUACCAGUUGGUACCAGCAGUGGCCACACCAUCACCAUAACAUAUGGUAGCAUGGCCCGACAGAGACAAGUCUCCUCAUCGAAAGGUUGGCUCUGAGCUGGGGCAACCCUUGCUUAGCCUCUGUUAACUACUGGUACAGGUGCAGUGUGACCAAGCUGUAUUUUCAUCUCUCUCUGGUUGUACUGACAGUUCUAUAUAGUGCAAAAGGCGCCACUGUUAUAAGUGUGGCGAGAUUUUUUUUUUCCCCAGUAAUGUUCUAGCACCUUGGUGAACUCGGAAGCCUUCAUAUUGAGCAAGAAACACUUUCUUGUCCUAUAAAAUGUCCGUUUCUAUGCACACAUUUUUUUUUUCUGUAAAUUUUGUGUAUAGGAGAGCUUAGCUAUCUCAGUGUGAUGACCUUUGGCUAAAAUGUUUAGUCACUGAGCAGUGAAAUUGCACAUGCUCAACAACCACAGUUUGGUGAAGCGCUGUAGGAACCUGUGUCCUUUUUUCUUUAGGUUUCUCCCUCAAAAGCAUAGACACAAAACGAAUUUAGCAUAGAGCAGGGUACAUAAACAUGCGUGCACACUUGCUGGCAGCACAAAGCAACUAGGUCGGUGUCCUGAAAAGACGCUUUGCGUUCCCGCCCUGUACUAGGCUGCACAAAUGCAUGCUGGCAGAUGGGGUACGCUGUUAAGUCAACGGUGUGUGUCCUGCAAACACAAAUACAUGCAGACACUAACCUGAAGAGGGGAAAUGAGCAACAGCAGCCAGCUGGUUUAAUGCGUACACAUUAUCUUUGAUUGACAAGGCUCAAGCUCCCAAAACAGCACAGGUCCUAUGCAGAGGUCUACGUAUUACUAAUUUCGAUCACAUGGAACCAUAUUUUGUGAGCAUUUGCUUCUUCCAAUUCUAUUCUCUCUCUCUCUCCUUUUUUUCUUUCUUUUUAAUCAUUCAUGCCAACUAGUGGCUGAUCCUGGCAAUGGCAAGGGGAUGACUUCUGUGAGCUAAUGACAAAAAUGCAAAAAGGACGGAAAAGAACAGUUACUAAAUACGGGCCCUGGGAUUCCUAAAUGAGCACCGAAAGCUUGGCACCCUGGCAUUUUUGCGUUAGGCCCUGCUCGCAACGCAUCCGCUGCAGCCAAGAAUCGAACCUCCCGCUCAGCGGUAGAAGGCCGUAUAUCCCCUGGGCCAGUGCGCUGAAUGCGAAUUCCCUUUUGAGGCAUGUUUGCCACUGCGUUCAUAGAUUGUAACCAACUGUGCAGCAAAAAAUACAAAGGUGCGUGCUAGUCGCAUCGGAGGUUUUGCCUUUCACCACGACUUGUUUCUCGAUAGUACUGAUGUGCCACUGUUGACCCGGCCAUUUCCUGUGGGCCCUGUGGCCGUCCAAGAACCGUCGUCUCCUCAUUCCAUGCACGACCUGAAGCUAGUCGCAGUCUUUUGAGAAAGGGCUUCAUUGAUGUGUUGACACUUGAAUGAACUCAACAGCCUAGUAAUCUCACACAGCUGUACUACUCGGAUGUACCAGCUAGUUAGGAAACCCAUGCAGAGGUUAGCAAUAGUUAUACUUCUUACCGGAAGAUACUAGCAGGACUUUACAGUCACCAUAUUCAAAGCAUUAAGCGCUACAUUCACCAUUCAAAACUUGAUCAGUGUGUGUGGCAUUUGCCAUAAUGUAAUUUUAAUAUCGCAGUUAGAUUGGCAUUUAAAAAAAUGGUGAUCAGUUAUCUGUAUGGGCUUCUAAAAUGUCAUGCUUGUCACACAUCGGAUUUAAGCUGAGUGACCAAACUUCGCAUUUAAUUACGAAAUGGAUUGUGUGUGCCUCCUUUUUGCUUCUUUUUUUUAGAACUCUAGUCGUGGCAUUGUUGGUGACAUAUGUACAUUCCACUAAAAACAAGUGUCAGAUUUGAGAUCCUGGAACAUCUUACUUUUGCUUGUGCAAUCUGUAAAGCAGCAUUUGCUCCGCUUAUGUUUGCCAUUUUAGUGUUCUAAACUUCACAUAGUUUUGGAUUUGAGUCAUAUUUAAGUUCACUGAAUGUUUGGUUUAGUCACGCAUGCAGUCAGUAACAGCUUAAAUGGGCUUGUGGAGCAUAUAUUUGAGUAUGCAUACACUUUGUUUUAUAUUUAAGCGCCACACAGUUGUUGGAAGCUGUCAGGUGCCAUUGUUGAAUACCAAGAUGCUUGAUAAAAAUUUACAAGGAGCAUUUGUUGAUGUAUAUUUUGUUCUUAUUUACCUUUCUUGUUGUUUUAAUUGUAUUGCUAUACUUUGUGGUUUCAUUUUACUCAUUACACUUGCUUCAUUCCAUUUUGAUAUGCGAGUGGUUUGUUCAAAGUCACUUUCUUGUGAUAUAUAGCACCCCAUGGUACAUUCCCUGGUUCUGCCAUUUUUGUUGUUAGCUUACCGCAUGCAUUUUUGCAUGAAAACACCAUUUGUACAUUUUUUGAAUGUGUGGCACAGUAAGUGCUUGAUUGGUACAGUGUAUUUUUACGUGUUAUCAAACUUUAUUCUCACCAUGUAGAUGUAAUUGUUCCUGUACAUUCAUCCUGGUUUUGCCUCCCAUGUUCCUAAACAUUUAGUGUGUAAGGCCACCUUCGAGUGAACAGCUUUUUCUCAUCAGAAGGUUUAAGAAGAUUAAAGGGGCCCUAAAGCACUUUUUAUCGAAGUGGAGAAAUUAAUUUGAAGUUCAGUUAGGCUAUUCCAGAAAUACUUUGCUACGAAAAGUACUUCAAUGCAUUCUGCAGAAGCGGAGUUGUUGGCAUUCAAGCACCCCUUCGCGAUGCUCCCGUUCCUUCUUCAGUGCCUUGCACUGUUAAGGCUCCGGCAGAGCGGGGCACGCCCACAACGCUCCGCCUACCAUACUUCACCGUGGCGCGCAGUUCAAAUGUGAUUUUGGAUGUUCAGUUAGAUGCCACUGUCUCUGAUUUUGGCGCCAACGACGCGCCAAACACGGUUGCCCUCAGUGAGCCCCAGUGCACUCAGCCAGUGGACUCCUCGCGGCACUUCGCGGCAGCUGCAGUAUCAGCACUACGUAGCAGACCACAAGCUACGUGCAACAGCAACAUUUGCUUUGUGCACGACAGGGCUAGAGUGCAUACCCAUGCCACCUCCAACUUGCACAUUUUUGAACUUCUUUCAAUAGCUCGAUCAUUACGAAGCGAAGUCUGCAAAGGCGUUGAAGAGUAGUUAGGAGUGAGCUGACAAGUGCGUGUGUGUGGUCUAACCUUAAGUUCCACGCGAUUCUGGACUAGUUGAGUAUUGAAAAUUUGUGAGACCCGAUGGCUACAACACAGAUAAGCAGAGUGACCAAUGCCUAAGUUCUACAUGAGCGGCCGCAAGCGAGCGUGAGCAGACGAUAGUCUGCUUCUUCCGGAAGUAUGUGAUCAUUAUUGAAAUUCGAAAGUAUAUUUUUUCCUACUUCAGCCUGUUUAUUAAACUGCAUCAAUAAAUGUACACAGUAACAGUAGGAAGAAGCGCACAGAUCCAUAGAUGCUCCUCAACUAAUGUCGGCUAUUGGCCAAAGCAACCACCAUAUGGGAAUCUGCUACGUUACGAAAUCAAACGUCCAGGAAAGAGUGAGGAGCAGGCUUCUGUUGAAAAGAGCAUGUUUGAGAGAAAGGUGACUUCAAGCUCCACUUGCGAGAUCCACACACAACGCACGACUGCAAAAUUUGGCUGAGUUGUUCGCAGUAGCGUAUGCUAUCCGCGGACUACGUUUUUUCACCAAGCCCAAAGGGUGGUUCAGGGCCCCUUGAAGUCAAAAACAACACGCUGAGCAUUGCUUCUUAGUUUCCAGCUACAAAUAAGCAAUCUACAAAUGGGUGCAUCUAAGUGAUUUUCGUCUGUCCAUACACUUAUAUUGCAACACUGUCCCAUGAAUCUGUAAUUCAGAAACCUUCAAGAGAUAUCUAUAAGUUAUUCUUCAGAACUGUUUGUGCAGUGGUCAAGUUAAGAGUUGUAGAACUGUGAGCAAUGCGAGAAGGAACUCCAAAUUUGUUUUCAAGCAACAUUUACACGUUAUGCAGGGAUUUGAACAUGACAUGUGAACACCGUAAAAUCCUGCAUGUAAUAGAGAUCAUUUUAUUUUGGUUUCGUUUCAGCAUAUCAAAUUUGGGUAACCAAGUGAAAUUGUUUUACCAUAAUAGUACCAUAAAAUUUUACAUAUAUAAUUCAAGUUUUUGUUUCCCCAAAGUUUUGGCAUGCCAAAUUUGCUCUUCGUGUUACCUCUAGGUACCAAAGUUUCCGUGGACCCUGAAGUGUUUAGUUUCUUUGUUGUAUUAUGCCCAGUUAAAUGUCUUUCUUGAUCAAAGCCCAAAAAUUGCCCUUCGUAUAUUGUAUUCAUGUUCACAAUAUGUGAAUAUGUUCACAAUAUGUGAAUACUAUGUUGUGUGCCGAGUAGCUGUACUACUGAACACGUCACCUCGCGCAAGACUUAUAGUUGUUGAGUAACUAUGCUGAUCACACUGAGUAUCCUGAAUGAUAGUUCCGGUCUUCUCUCAUGUUGCUUGCAGGGAUGAACUUUUACAGGAACUGUGUCAGCGGUGCUGAUUGUAUCAUGCUGUUUCAUUCAUUAGGCAUCUUCCUCUGAUUUAUUUCUUACUACUGGUGUGGCUAGAGAUCCAUUUCUCACUUACCGAACCAUCCUUUAUGUGAUGUGGCUUGAUUAUGUUUGCUGUUCCGCAUGUUCUAUUGGCACUCUGUGUAUUGUUAAGUGCCAUAUUUGACAUCAAUAUUGACACAAACAGAUGAGGACGAGAUUUCAAAGUGCACUGAAGACAAACAAGAACAAACUGCGCAAGAGCAAAAGAAAAGACGCACGAGUUUUCAUGCAACAAAGUUAGAAUGGGCCACCAGUGCGAGAUAGAAAACAUUUGUUGCCUACUCCGCAUGUGUGGUUUUGAAAAUUUUCUUCACAACUUUUUCAGUGCGUCGAUAGGGCAGCAAGCGCAGAGGUUGUCAUUGUUCCUUUAUGCUACUAGGUCAGUACUUCGCAUUUAGUAGACGCAGGACAGUCCACGAUAUUUUACAUGCUUGCAAAUCGCAAUAUCUAAGAAUUCUCGUUCUCAUGGGCGCAUAUUUCGUUGCACUAUCCACCAGUCCGUCUUUGACGACUGCUGAGAAAAGGCCAAAGCAGCCCACUGACAUCUUCACAAUGUCGAAUUAAAGCGCCGCGAUGGAGAUGUUGCGCCAGCACGUAUUUCCCGGUGACUGAACGGUAUGAACUGCACAGUCGCUCAGCUGAGAAGCGAGGGUAAACUUAACGUACAUAAAUCAGCACAGACUGCUUCUCGUGCAUAGACUGCUGCAUAGAAAAGCAUACCGUCAUCUCUUUCACGUCUACCAGAGGAGAAUCUCCCGAUGACAGCAUUAUACAAAGCGAAGGCCACUGCUCCGUACAUACAUGCAUAAGAAAAAAAAAGCUUAAUUUUCCUGUAUGCGUGGUAGUUCUUGCAUAUCUUGGAAAGCGGGCAGACAGUUACAGCACAAGGUCGCAGCGGUGUCCUUGUCAAGUGUUGUGACUACCUGGCUACGCAUUAAAAUGCCAAAACUACUAAUCAAAAUGCGCCAACUAGUUCCGAAUCAAACCGUAUUAACGUCUCUGUACUGUUUGGCUCAUCUUCAGAGCGAUCAUUGUGCUGAUGUCAUUCUAGUCAAACAGCAUGCUCUCUCGUGCCCAUACGAGGUGUUCUGAGCUGCGAAUGUUUGGUAUGUGGCGUCCUUUUUAGUCUGUACAUAUAUCAUACUGCACAGAAGAGACUUAUUUUUGAACAUGGGUUCAAGUAGAUCUAUAUAUUAAAUACAUAUAACACAUAUUUUGAAAAAUUGAUGUUUUCUCUUCACGAGGGUCUGCUCGACCACCCAUAUGGUCAGUGUGUUCCACUCAUAAGGACUUGGUAUGCAAGUGUGAUUUGUCCUAAUUCAUGUUCUCAAUAAAUACUUUUUGUUGCCAUUUCAA